AUGUGUGUCCCACGUUGUGCCCACUACGCUGCGCUUGACAAAGGGAAUCGAAAGAAGAACGCAGAAGGGAGAGCCGGCCAGCGACGACAGCUGUUGCAGUGGCUGCGUGCGCUGGGCACGGCGCUGAAGCGGGUGGAAGGGUUCCACAGCCUCGGAGGGCCUGCUGCGCCAGUGCCGGUGCCGAAGGAGCUGUGGGCUCCCACGGCUCUUGAGGACGUCAUGGCAAGCGCAGCCCUCCAGUCAGGCUCCAAGUCGAUCAGAGAGUUAGCCGAUGAGUUGGAUGACUAUAUUGAGCGAGCGCCAUACAGACUCAACGUGCUUUGCUUCAUUGGGGGUGCUGCCAUUGUGGUCAACGGCAUCUUCGGCGUACUGGAUGUGUUUGAUGUAUUUGGCCAGCCAAUCUACUAUGUGGUGAAUGCGUACAUGGUUUUCUUCGGUGCCGUCACCUGCAUCACAGAAGUUCGCGCUAACUUCGCUGCACAGCUGCAUGACACGGUGCAAGGAGUGCAGAGGUGGAUGCACGAAUGGGCCAGGGGCCUGACGCUGAUCUGGGGACGUGGGCUGUUCUACCUCUUCCAGGGGACUUUCUGCAUGCUGUCUUCCAGCUUGGUGAGCUUAGGUCUCGUGAUAGGCGCGUACAUGAUAGUGGUUGGGCUUCUGUGCCUCAAGAUCGGCUACAAGAAGCACUUUGGCAGCUCAUCUCCUGAUUACAUCCGCGCCCACCAGACUUUUGCCUACCUGGCCGCCUCCUCCGCAGCCUCUCGGAUUCUUCUACGUCAGGGCUCCGUAGUGGUGGCUGUUGGAGCGGAGCGUGAGACGCGACGAGCGAAGCUCCAGGACUUGGCUUCGGAUAACCCAAGUUAUAACCAGGACCUCUUGGAGCAAGUGCCGUUGGCCCGCUUGGUCGUGGCGGUGCCGGGGCUCAGCAAGGUACUCCAGAAGGUGCCAACCCAGGAGCUGCAAACAGAGGCUGGGGCCUUGGAGUGUCGAACAACCGCCGAGUCCAUUGCGGAUGCAGCGGAAGAGCUGGCGAAGGCUCACUACCAGGCACCUGAGGCCUUGGAUGGCUUUGCGGUGUCUGCUGCGCUGACGGCAUGCGAGCUCCGCCGCAAGGUGGCAGAUGCAAGGCUGGCAGUCACAGGGAGCACCGAGUCCUUGGCCAAGCCUCGCAUACUGGAUGCGGAGGCUGUGACUAAAGGAGAGGCAGAAUGCGACGUUCUGCAGAGGCGCGCUGAGGAGGCCAGGGACUUGGAGGAAACCAUCGAAAAACGAUGCCCGCCAGGGCUUUCCUACGCGCUACAGAAAUUGUAUAUCAAGGAACUGGCAGAUGCAGAAUCCAUGGUCAGAUUUCGGCGCCUAGCGCAGUGGCAAUGUGUUGCUGGUCUAGUCUGGCGCUUCAAGCGUACUCUGCCUUUCAUUUUUCUUUCCUCAAUGCUCUCCAUGGUCUUGGGGGCUUUUUCGUCCAUGCGCUUGCAUUACCAAGCUGCAGUAAUAAACCUGGCAAAGGAUGCUGUGACUGGUCCCACACCUGGCCAGGGUGCUCUAGCACCUGCCAGCAUAGGACAGACAGUUGGUGCCAUGAUCGUGAGCGAGUUGAUCCUGCAGCUGGCAGAGUUUGCCCGCGGUCGCUUAAGCUUACGGGGAAAGUCCAAGGUGAUUCAGGAGCUGAAAGUGGCACUUUUUGGGGCACUGUUGCGGCAAGACCUGGAGUAUUUGGAGCAGUGUGAUCUAUGGCAACUUCGAUCUAUGAUUGGAAGCUGUGGCACCACCAUCUCACAAGUUGUGGACUUCCCGGCCACUGCUGUUGAGGCUUCCGUUCGCCUUGCUGCAGCAAUUCUGGCACUCUCCCGUCAAAAUCGGGGCCUGGCGGCAUUCUUGAUCGUGAUGCUACCUCUGCGGUUUCUGCUCAGCCAGCUAUUACAGAGAUUCGAGGAGCGGCUUCAAGAUCAGAAUUCGCUGCCCGACUUUAAAGGCCAAAUCAACAGUUGCUGGUCCUCGCUGGUGAGGCCCCCAGCCCUGCGCACAAUGCGUGCUUUUGCCAGGGAGCCUGUGGAGCUUGCAACCUUUGCACGCUUCCUGGCCGUGCAUGAUCAGCUACAGCAGCGGAAGAUGCUUGUCUUCCGCUUGGUGCAGCCUCUGCAGGCGCUGCUAGAGCAUGGCCUGGAGAUUGGGACCCUGUGGUAUGGGGGCCGUCUUGCGCUUCGGGGAGAGAUGCAGCAUCUCUGGUUUCAACUGGUGAUUUUUUCAUUAGUCAAGUAUGGGUAUGUAUUCUGGGGCCGGUGCUUUGUGGAUGCGGAGGAAGGAGACAUGCGGUGGGACGUGGAGUUUAGGAAAGUCUCUUUCGAGUACCAGCAGCGCCAAGGUGCGACGGUUCUCACGGACCUGUCCUUCCAUGUCAAGGAGGGCGAGUUCUUGGGCAUUCUAGGAGCCACAGGCUCUGGCAAGUCGACGAUUCUGUCGCUCCUGCUGCGGCUUUACGAGCCUGCGGGCGGAGAGAUUUUCCUGGGAGGCCGCGCUCUGAGGGAAUACAAUCCACUGUGGCUCAGGCGCCAUGUCGGAUUCGUGAGCCAAGACCUGGUCCUAUGCCGUCGUACCGUGCGAGAGAACCUUCUGUAUGGUUGCGUGUCCGUUGACAUGUCGGGGCAUGCGCAAGUGGAUGAGCCCAGUGAAGAGCUUGCCAAAGCUGCGCUGCGAUCUGCCCAAUGCGAGGAUACUUUCUUCAACCAAGCAGCAUUUCCCAACCUUUGGCAUACUGAUGUGGGGGAUGGUGGGAGCGAUUUGAGCGGUGGGGAACGGCAGAGGCUCGCGCUGGCAAGGGCCAUUGUCAAGCAGCCCCGCCUGCUUAUCUUGGACGAGGCAACUUCAGCACUAGAUGAAAUCUCCCAGGCGAAGCUGCAGGAAGAAGUCGAAGUGCUGCGAAAGGCGCAUGGUGUGACGGUGAUCUGUGUGGCUCAUCGCCUUUCAAAUUUGGCAAAGGCCGACCGGCUCCUGGUGCUGCAGAAUGGCAAGCUUGCCGAGGAAGGCACCCCAGCAGAGCUUCUACAGAAGACAGACGGCAUCUUUGCCGAGUAUGCGCGCGCGCACCAAGCAGUUCUGCAAGACCAGUGA